AUGGCCGACUACCCGCACCACCAUGGCCGCCCAUCCACGCCCACUGGCUCCCACACAACCUACAGACCAACCGGGUCCAUGCGAGCACUCAACACCGACCAGCCCAAGCACGAGACCUUCUUCGACGAUGCCACACCCGUAGACGCCUUCAACAACGACCACCCCAAGCACGAUCCGCUGCGCGACUCGCACGAUCUUUCCUUCGCCGAGGGCGGCAAUGUGAGAGACUCGGUCGUCGACAAUAUGCUGCUCUCGCUCGACCAGUUCGCGACCGGCAAUCUGUUCGGGAGCUCAGGCCCGCAGUACUCGAGCUAUGCCGACGACGACUUCUUCCUUCGCGACAACUCGUACCGCCCGCCCGGUGCCCGCCAUCGCGGCCACACGUACACGUCGUCGCGCUCCUCCGACUACGACCUGAACCCCGACGACCACGCUCGAUACACAGCCCACCACUCGCGCGCCCGGCGAAGCAACAGCAGCAACAACAUCGGCACUCCAGUCCGCCGCAAGGGAAGCACGCGGGACAUGUACACAGCGAGGCAGCAAGCCACCCAGUAUGGCCAGCUCCAACAGGCCGGCCAUCUGCGGGGCAACAACAAGAAGGGCAGCAUGGGCAGCGGCUCCUCAAGCAUCGACUUUGGCCAGUCCGGCAUCUUGGGAAACCAGCGUCUUGGUUUUGGGAAGCGUUCGGCCAGUUUUGAUCAUAGCAAUGCAAGCGACCGAGGGAGAAUUUCACCCAUGCGAGUCGAGUCUGUCCUAGAUCGAGGCAGGGUCGCCUAUCAAAACUACCCAGAUGAAUACGAUGCGGCCCCCGAGCCCACCAUUCCCGCCGGCCCUCGAAGGGUCCAGGAGCCACCGCAAUCACCCCUCGCUUUCCCCCCUCAGCCAUCGUACGCCGCACCACAGGCACCUCGGCCGGGCCGUAGAGGCAGUGUCCGCUCCAACACGAGCUACAGAACUUUGCGAAAGAACAAGAGCCAGCCAGGACCAAGCAUGAGGGCCCAGGCCCAAGAGUUUGUCAAUGCCAGCACCUUGCGAGAACUGCCUCCUGUACCGUCAUGGCACGAUCCUUCUGCUCCAUCGCCAUCCGUGGGUUCACGAAGUCCACUGUUCCCUCCCCAGGCUCCAGCAGCGCCAAAGCCUGGCUUCUUUCGCCGAGUGUUUGGUGGAGGCUCUUCCAAGUCUACACCACAACUGUCUGCUGCCUCAGCUGGCCCUAACUCGUCACAAGAAAAUUCAGCCCCUGUCUCCAGUAAGCCCCAACCGGCCGAUGUCAACUCCAUGUACUCUGCCGCACGACCGCGUACAACACCGAGCAAUGGCAGUCAUAUUGCUUCCCAGAUAAAAUCGCUGCCAAAAGCCCCCCAGACUGCCAACCCUGCUCAAGGGGACGCACAAGCACUACAACCACCAACGCUUGGCAAAAAACCAUCAUCCUUCUUCCGGCGUCGAAAGAAGUCUAUUUCUGAAAGCACGAAACCCCCCGUCACGGCUCUCGAGUUUAUUCAGCCAGCCAAGCCGGUACUACCCCCACAACCCAGCCCCGGAGUUAGUAGUCUGCGACAAGUUAUGAACCCCUACCUCAAUGACGCAGGGCGCACUGGUGACAGAACACUAGAAGCGCGGGAUGAGCAGUCGGGUGACGCUUCUACGAAUGGAUUCUCACCAAACUAUAAACCACACAAGGAUGCAACAGUCCGCGCCAUCAAGUCAACUUCACGUGGGGACGAUCAGACACCUCCUGCAUCUCGAGGAGAGCAGUUAAGAGCUUCUGAAAUGACCAGCACAGGAAGUCCCAAGCUGAAGUUGAAAUUGAAGCACGCGAAAUCUCCCACUCCGACUCAGCAGGAGGACACUUUCCUUGCGGAUAGCAGCAGCUGCAACGAGGAUCGCAGUGGUCGCGCAACGCCAACAGGCGAUUACAGCGGUACCGAGGAAAAGAGACCGAGCACAGGACCCACUUCCUCGUUACUCAGACAAUCUGAAGCAAAAAGCAAUCGCAAGCCCAGUGGCGACCAUCGGGCCGAGCUCCUGUCUCCUCAUGACGACCCUAUUUGUAGACGUGGGUCAGCAUCGCAGUCCGCUUCAGAAGUUGAGGACGAAGGCUGGGUCAUUACCGAAUCAACUGACAGGGUGCACCGAACUGACAAGAAGAGCCCAGCUGCGAAGCGCGUGUGGCUUGAUACCACACUACCCGACGCACUCAUCGAUACUACCGAAGACCUCAAGUUGCCCUUAGAAGGUGCGCGAUCAUCUCAGCAGUCACUCGACAAGGUCUCGCCAGACGCCAAUACCCCAACCUCACCUAAUGACGUCUUCCUCUCUGCUACCAGUCUGCCCAUAGUGCAGGUUGAAAGUCGCGAUUCCGACACCAUGCCCGCUGUUGUCGAAGACCGAUCGAUGCACAGCGAGCCCACUGAUGCAGAGCGUGAACGUGCAUUCCAGAUUUACAGCGGCGAUGAUUCCUCUAGUCUGAAGGCCCAAGCGGCUACCUUGUUGGGCGAUGUCAGCUUGUCCAGCACGCGCAUGCGAAAGGCCUUUAUGGACCUCUUUGACUGGACAGGCAUGAACGUCUUGGCUGCUAUGCGUGACCUUUGUGGCAAAAUCAUUCUCAAGGCCGAGACUCAGCAGGUUGACCGCAUUCUUAUGAGUCUUUCAGAGCGCUGGUGUGAAUGCAACAGCAGCCAUGGCUUCAAGGCAGUCGAUGUCGUGCAUACUAUUUGCUAUUCCAUCCUGCUGCUCAACACAGAUUUGCACUUGGCUGAUAUCGAGUCGAGAAUGACACGAAGCCAAUUUGUCCGUAACACACUCCCUACAGUCACUCGCGUCUGUCAAGAUUCAGUCAAGGCUGCAGGAGAAGAGACGCUAAGGCCACAUUCCACUCACUUUCGAAGACCAUCCCUGCCAUGGAAUGAGAAGUCAGAACCCAGCUCGCCGGGUGCUGACGCUACUACAUUCUCUGCGGACGUGGAGGAGCCUCCGGAGGCUAGGAAAACCCGCAGUCGUCUCUCCAUCCGACCUCCUGCUAGAAGUGGCUCAGAAGGUCUACUUUCCUUUGACUCUGCAGUAUCCGAGUCUAACACACUUGUCAACUCGCCAUACAAUGGUCCUAUGCGAGGAUGGGAGUUCCAGGUCGAGACGGUGCUCAAAGAGUUCUACGAUUCUAUUCGUAAACAACGCUUGCCCCUCCAUGGGUCUUCCGAACCUGUUGUUCAUCACCAGCCUUCGUCCAACAACCUCUCCGUCAGCAACAUGCUCCGUCGCACUCCCAGUGUGUUGAGCAAAGCACCGUCCGACAACACAAGCUACCGUGGUCGAUCCCAAAACGAUUUCCGCAAUGUGGGUAGUCGAUGGGCCUCUAAGAACCGCUCAAAGCAAAGAUUGUAUCCUUCAUCCACCGUGGCAUCUAGCCGAACCAGUCUGGACGACGGAUCAGUAUGGAGCCCCGCCGGAUCCAGCUCUUGGAGUCGUUAUUCGUACGGCAAGACCGGUACUUCCAUGUCGGUGGACUCACUGGGCUCACACUUUGCGCAUGGCGACUAUCAACAGGCUAUCGGCUUUGCCAAUGCUCUUAGUCAAGCCAUCAUCCGCGAAGAGGGCAUGACUAUUGCUAGCGAUGAAGAAUUCUCCCGCGUGGCUCCGUUGUUAGAAGACGAGACACUCGAGCUUGUUGGAGCACCCUGGGCCAAGGAAGGUAUCCUCAAGCACAAGCGACAUCUUGAUUCAGUGGAUAGGAAGGCAAAGGAUCGAGCGUGGAAUGAAUGCUUCGCUGUUGUCGAGAAAGGCUGUAUGCGUUUAUUCUCUUUCAGCAUGAACUCCAAAUCUGUUAGGCAGAAGAGCAAGCUACGACCAUCUGCUGGUGGUGUUGUAGGAGGUGGCAACUGGAUGGACAAUGCGGAAGCUUUGGACAGCUUCCCACUCCGCCAGACUAUCGCCAGCGCGCUACCUCCUCCAGGAUACUCGAAAACAAGGCCUCACGUAUUCGCGCUUUCACUCCCUACAGGAGCAGUUCAUCUUUUCCAAGUUGGAACGCCUGACAUUUGUCGAGAGUUUGUGUGCACUGUCAACUACUGGUCGGCUCGUCUGUCCAAAGAACCUCUCAUGGGUGGUGUCAGCAGCAUGGAGUACGGUUGGGGUGAGAAUGUCAUUAACCCAGCUCUGAUCCGUCAAGACAGUGCGCCAUCAGUGCAAGGCCAUAUGCCCCGUCCGAGUGUCACAAGCUCCCUUCGUAGUUCGAUGGACCAUGCCACCGGCACACCAAAGCCCAGACUUCCCGGAGACAAGGUCAUCUUAUCGGAUUGGAGCCCACCAGCAUCAAGCAUGAUGGCUAGUACCCUGAUGGAAGUGGAUCAGCUUAGAGCUCUUACCGACUAUGUUAAGAACAUCGAGAACGAGCUCGCUCACCACAACGAACUCAGAGCGCCAUUGCUCAUUGCCUUUUCGCCUCGACACCCCAAUGCUCAGAAGGCCAUGGCCAACUGGGAGCGCAAAUCGCAAUACCUUCUCAGGGAAAUUGUGAAAUUCCGGACCUACAUUGACACUCUAGCAACUGCACAAGCGCAGAAGCAAAAAAUUUAUGCCGAGCGCGAAGCUCGUGAACAACAAGAGAUGGAAGAGUCAGAAAAGGAAGCAGUCGCUACUCCGAAGGCCAGUGAAGAUGAUGGUGCGAAUGAAGCUUCCGAGCCUGCUCCAUCCAAGACCAUGCCAAACCCAGCUCUACCAGCAGCUUUCCUUUUACAUCCCUGA